GAAUGUAUGGCAACAAAACAAUCGAUAGUUUUUGUAUUCAUUGAACAAUCGAUUAGUGUUUGAGAAAAAAAUUAAUUUCAUUCAAUGUAUUUAGUCUUCGCUUAAGACAUACACAUAUCAUAGGAUUUAAUCUGUUGUAUGACAUCUACUUUGAUGUCCAAUCGGUGGUGACAUUCAACAGUGACUUUGUCUGUCAUCCCUUUCGAUGGCAGCCAUGAAGUGCUUUGAAUGUCAGUACGAGUUAUGCGAAACGGAUCCAAACGUCAAGACCUGCGACAAUGCAUUUCUGUGUUACAGUACGACAACAUGGAGUCCAUUGAAACGUAUCUAUGAGUACAACAAAGGCUGUAUUCCCGAUAGACAUCAUCAGCAGUUGAUAUGCGGCACCAAAUUGUCCAAAAUUAAUGAUACACACCAUGUGUUUUACAGAUCGCAUACCACAUAUAACUCUUAUUGUUGUCAACAAGAUUUAUGUAACGAUUGGUUUCCCAAAAUUAUCGACAAUACGUCAAAGACAGCUUCAGUUAACAAUGAAAUAGUUAACGAAUCGGCCGAAAGCGGUGUCGGAGUUAUGUUUGUCGUCUACAUAAUGGCCGCUAUAUUUAUAAUUAUGACCGUAAUCGGUGUCAUUGUGUUUCGUUUGCGUAAAAAACACAAACAAAAAAUGUCUCAUUUAUUGAGGACUGGUUUAAGUACAACAAAUGUUGAGAAGAGUUCCAAUGAUUGUACUUAUAAUGAGGGACUCCGUGUGACCGCUGCCGGCGAUUCCACACUACGUGAAGUGUUCGAGCAUUCAGUUACAUCCGGUUCCGGUUCGGGACUUCCACUACUAAUACAGCGAACUUUAGCUAAACAAAUACAUUUGGAAGAAUGUAUCGGAAAGGGAAGGUAUGGUGAGGUGUGGAGAGGUAUCUGGCAGUCGGACAACAUUGCCGUUAAAAUAUUCUACAGUCGAGAUGAGAUGUCCUGGAAUAGAGAGACUGAGAUCUACUCAACUGUUAUGUUAAGACACGAAAAUAUUUUGGCUUUUUUGGGCUCUGAUGUUACUUCUUAUAAUUCUUGUACUCAGUUAUGGCUAAUCACUGCUUACCAUGAAUUAGGUUCUCUCUAUGACUUCUUAAACGAGACGCCACUCGAUAUCAAACAAAUGCUAUCAAUCAUACACUCUAUUGUGUCCGGUAUUCUUCACUUACACACCGAAAUAUUUGGCGGCUUAGGAAAGCCGGCCAUCGCUCACAGGGAUAUUAAGUCGAAGAAUAUACUAAUGAAGGAUACAUAUAACUGCUGUAUUGCAGACUUUGGUUUAGCGGUGACUCACACGCAGACAACCGGUAAAUUAGACGUUGCAGAGAAUCAUAGGGUCGGAACUAAACGAUAUAUGGCUCCUGAAGUACUAAACCAGACAUUGAAAAGCGAUAUUUUUGAAUCAUAUAAAAUGGCUGACAUUUACUCAUUAGCGCUAGUUUUGUGGGAAGUGGUUCGUCGUACUCGUAUUGACGGCUGUUUUGAAGACUAUUGUGUUCCUUAUUAUAAUUGUGUGCCAAACGAUCCGAGCUUUGAUGACAUGAAGAAGAUUGUAUCAAUUGAUCAACAAAGACCUGAAAUGCAGGAAAAUUAUAAAUCAAAUAAUGUUUUAUUGCAAUUGGAGAAAAUAAUGCGUGAGUCGUGGUCUCCGAACCCAUCGUCACGUUUGACUGCACUUCGGAUCAAGAAAUCAUUAUUGAAGAUAUCAGACGAAGACACGUCUUUAAAUGUUUAAAAUGAAAAUCAUUUUUUUGCCAUUUUUUAAAACUAAUAUUUAUAACCGAAUAUAUCAUUUUAUUUGACACAUU